UUUUGGCUCCACGGUGGCUGGUUUCGCCUGCAGUGAGUUGGGCGGCUCAUGCAGACAAACAUCGGCUGAGUCCCGUCCAUUCUGGCAUGAUCAAAACUCACACAUUUACCGCAUCUAGAGAGUGAAAGUGCCCGUGGAGCCAUGUGGAUCACCCCGGAGGAGGUGUUACUCGCCAACGCGCUGUGGGUGAGCGAGCGGGCGAAUCCGUAUUUCAUUCUGCAGCGGAGGAAGGGACACGGGCGCGGAGGAGGCAUCACGGGUUUGCUGGUGGGUACGCUGGAUGUGGUGUUGGACUCGAGUGCUCGCGUGGCUCCGUACAGGAUCCUGCACCAGACGGGAGAGUCACAGAUCUUCUGGAAUAUUGCUUGUGGCUCGUCUCGUAAGGAGAUCACUGAACACUGGGAGUGGCUCGAGACAAACCUACUGCAGACUCUGUCCAUCUUUGACAACGACGAUGACAUUACCACCUUCGUCAAGGGCAAAAUACAGGGCAUCAUUGCUGAAGAGAAUAAAAGUGGCAAACCUCAGGAAGACGAGGAUCCCGGGAAGUUCCGUGAAGCCGAGCUGAAGAUGCGGAAGUUGUUCGGAAUGCCGGAGGAAGAGAAGCUGGUGAACUAUUACCCCUGCAGCUACUGGAAGGGCAGAGUCCCGCGGCAGGGCUGGAUCUACCUGUCUGUAAAUCACCUCUGCUUCUACUCCUUUCUGCUGGGAAAAGAGGUUUCGCUGGUGGUGCAGUGGACGGACGUCACACAGUUGGACAAGAACGCCACGCUGGUUUUCCCCGAGAGCAUCCGCGUGAGCACGCGCGGCACCGAGCACUUCUUCUCCAUGUUCCUCAACAUCAACGAGACCUUCAAACUGAUGGAGCAGCUGGCCAACAUCGCCAUGAGACAGCUGCUGGACAACGAGAGCUUCUCCGCCGACCGCUCGCUCCCCAAACCCUGCAAGACGCUGAAAAACGUCUCUGCGCUCAAGAGGGACUUGGACGCACGUGCAAAGAAUGAGCGGUACAGAGCGCUGUUCCGGCUCACACAGGACGAGCGUUUGGAUGGACACACCGACUGUACGCUCUGGACGCCGUUCGCUAAGAUGCAUGUCGUCGGUCAAAUGUUUGUUUCUAAUAACUACAUCUGCUUUGCCAGUCGAGAGGAAGAUCUGUGUCAACUUAUCAUUCCACUGAGAGAGGUGACUAUAGUGGAGAAAGCAGACAGCAGCAGUGUUUUUCUGAGUAGUCUGUUGUUGAUCAGUAAUAAAAAGAUGGUGAUUUUUGUUUUUGAAAAUCUAAGAGAGUGUGUUUUUGUUGUAGAGCGUAUCUGGUUUUUGUGGCGCACGCCUGACAGGCCAUGUGGCCUGAACACUCAAUCUGAGAAUCCCAGCCCGAGUACGCCACCCUCUCUGCCCCCGUCCCCUCCUGUCCUGGGGCUCGGAGAGAUGCCCCAAAACCAACACUACAGCCCCAGUCUGCCCACUGCCAAGAAGGGCCUACUGCAAAUCUACCAGCAGGACGUCCCGGAGGAGCUGGGGCCCAAAGUGACGAGAGAGAAGAUGAAAGAGGAAUCAUGGAACAUCCAUUUCUUUGAGUUUGGCCGGGGAGUGUGUAUGUACCGCACAUCUAAGACCAGAGAGCUGGUUCUGAACGGGAUACCAGAGAGUUUGCGAGGAGAACUGUGGCUGCUGUUCUCAGGUGCUCAGAACGAGAUGGCCACACACACGGGUUACUAUGCCAGUUUGGUUGAGCAGGCGAUGGGUAAAUGUACUCUAGCGACUGAGGAGAUUGAGAGAGACCUGCACCGCUCCAUGCCUGAACAUCACGCCUUCCAGAACGAGAUGGGCAUCGCUGCCCUGAGACGCGUCCUGACCGCCUACGCUUACAGAAACCCUACCAUCGGAUACUGCCAGGCGAUGAACAUCGUUACGUCCGUCUUGUUGUUGUAUUGUACUGAAGAGGAGGCGUUCUGGCUGCUUGUGGCGCUGUGUGAACGGAUGCUGCCCGACUAUUACAACACUAGAGUUGUAGGAGCGCUGGUGGAUCAGGGUGUGUUUGAGGAGCUGACCCGCGAGUGUUUGCCACUGUUGUAUGAGCACAUGCAGGAUUUGGGCGUCAUCUCCACCAUCUCUCUGUCCUGGUUCCUCACGCUCUUCCUGUCCGUCAUGCCUUUCGACAGUGCGGUGCUGCUGGUCGACUGCUUCUUCUACGAGGGCAUUAAAGUCAUUUUCCAGGUGGCAUUAGCUGUGCUACAUGCAAACAUGGAUCAGCUGCUGUCCUGUUCAGAUGAGGGAGAGGCCAUGACUAUUCUGGGCAGAUAUUUGGAUAAUGUUGUAAAUAAGCAGACCGUUUCUUCACCUAUUCCUCACCUUCAUGCCCUGUUGACCAGUGGCAACAACCCUCCGCCAGAGAUUGAUGUCUUUGAGCUCAUUAAAGCAUCCUAUGAGAAGUUUGGUAGCCUGCGUGCUGAUGUCAUCGAGCAGAUGAGGUUCAAACAAAGGUUAAAGGUCAUACAGUCACUAGAAGACACAGCCAAGAGGAGUGUGGUGAGAGCGAUCAUGACCGAGUCCGCUUUCAGUAUUGAGGAGUUGGAAGAAUUGUAUGUUCUUUUUAAGGCGAAGCACAUCAUGAGUUGUUACUGGGGUGCGAGCAGCACCGCGGCGGAGCGGCACGACCCGAGUCUGCCGUAUCUGGAGCAGUAUCGCAUCGACAGCGGCCAGUUCACUCAGCUCUUCUCCGCUCUGGCGCCCUGGAGCUGCGGCCUUCACACCAACACGCUCUCCAGCAGACUCUUCCGCCUGCUCGACCAAAACAAAGACUCUCUCAUCAACUUCAAAGAGUUUGUGACCGGACUCAGUGGAAUGUGUCAUGGAGAUAUGACGGAAAAACUCAAACUUCUCUACAGACUCCACCUGCCUCCUGCGUUGUGUCCAGAGGAGGCAGAGUCAGCACUGGAGGCCGCGCAGUUCUUCACUGACGAUGACAUGCCACAGGAUCCUCCCUUCCUGUCUCAUCUGGACUUCCUGGCACAGGAAGUGACCUCAGGUGAGGAGCUGAAGGAGGCAGGAGACGCAUUACCGGCCACGGACACAGAUGAGAGAAAAGAGGAGAAGCCGAAGGACUAUAAGUACUAUCUGAGAAUGUGGGCCAAAGAAAAAGAGCCAAAGAAGGAGAGCAUCAAAGAUCUGCCUCGGAUGAAUCAGGAGCAGUUCAUUGAGAUGUGUAAGACUCUCUACAACAUGUUCAGUGAAGAUCCCAUGGAGCAGGAGCUGUAUCACGGCAUCGCCACGGUGGCGAGCCUCCUGCUGCGCAUCGGAGAAGUGGGCAAGAAAUUCACCAACAACGGCAGCAAGAAAACCGAAGUCCAGCUGCCCCCAGCAGUCGACGCUCUGCAGCCGGAGAGGGAGGACUCAUCCGGGGAGGGAGGAUCCGGACAGUCCUUGGUCUCGAAGGCCCUGGCGGAGGCACAGCUGGAGACACCACCUGCAACCGCAGCCGGCUCUGACGAAGAGGCCAAAGACGACACGUCCGUUUCGUCCUACUCUGUAGUGAGUGCUGGUUCGCUGCAGUGCGAGGACAUCGCCGACGACACAGUGCUGAUUGGCUGCGCGAGCGGAGACGCGGUGGAUCGGAGGCGGGGCAGUGUGCCGGAUGCCGAUUGGUCGAUCACCUUUGAGCAGGUUUUAGCAUCGUUCCUGACGGAAACAUCGCUGGUCGACUACUUUGAGAAAAAACAUGACAUCCAGAGCAAAAUAACGGCAUGCAAGUCACUGAGAGCCGUGGAAAGACAGAUAAGCACAUCAAGCGAUCUCGAUUUCUCUCUGAACACACACUGACAUGCUCAUAAAAACACACAUGAACACACACACACAUAAAUGCAAAACAAGAAUAUGUGUAUGUAUGUCCGGUUAUUAUCUAUAGGAGUUUGAUACUUCUGUGUCAUAGUCAAACAAAUAGUGUUUAAAAUCCAUCCCAGCAGCUUUCUAUACCAGUAACCUCUAGAGUUUAGAUGUAAUAACCAUGUUUCACUCUAGCAUAGGGGUUUUGAUGGGUUGAAUGUGUCAACUAGCAGGUCUGGAAUAGAGGAUUAUGGGAUAUGGCCCAUGCUUUGUCUCAAACAGAUCAAAGAAUGAAACAUCACGCUAAAAAUAUUUGAUUUGCACACUCGUCUUGAGUCCCAGGGUGAAAUAUCCCACACUACAGUGUACAUCACUAAUGCUUUCUUGCACGCGUGCUAUAGCUGGAUAUAUUCUGUGUAUUUGGGAGUAAGAAGUGUCCUUUUGGUGAGGAAUCCACCUCAUAGCUCUGCUCAGAUUCACUUCAACCCCUCAGAUGGAAACAGUCUCUUAGCUUUGGUUCAAAGCCAUGUUUCUGUUUGUUAAAAAUCAGCUUUACCGUUUCUAAGUAGGUCAUUGCCUUACUGAAGUGAACAGAUGCAUCAGUUGUUUGUUGUGGUGUUUUGCAUAGUUAUGUUCUGUCAGAUGUUUGGUCACCAGAAGCUACACAAGCGGUACAGCACUGGCUUAUCUUAGUCGUCCAAACCAUAAUGAGAGAUGCAGUCAAAAAUGUAGCCGAUUCAUUUAGCACAAUAAUGGGCUUUACCACAUAAAGCAGGAUUUUUUUUCUCUUUUAUUCUCCAGAAAUGUUUUUUGCUGUCAGGCCAGAAUAAGCAAGUACAAACACUGGGCUUCAUUCAUGAAACUCAAGCAGAGCAAAUUAGUGUAGAUCACUCGAAAAGGCAUUUGUACAUGAAUUGUCACACUGAGAUAAAAUAAACUUUCAUAAAUUGGAUUGAAUGCACAAUGCAAACAGCAUUUGUAAAUGUUUGUAAAUUGAGGUAGUGAAUUAAAAUUAAGCAUUCAAGAAUUCACUAUGUAAAUUAUUGAAUUUAAUUUAGUGCAUCAGUUUACUGUUUUAUAAAUCUUUUUAGGCAUUGUGUGUUGAAUUAAAAGAAAACAUUCAGUAUGCAUUAAAUUAUUGCAUUGAAUAAAAAAUUAAUAUAAAAUUGUAUUUACUUAAUUCAAUUGAUACAUUUGAAUUUUGAUAAACCAUUCUUAUAAAUAAUAGCAUUCAAUUAAUAAUAAAAAAAAAAUGUUUGCAUAUUUUUAUGUAAGUUUAUGCACUGAAUUAAAAUUCAAGAAAUCAUGUAAACUGUUGAAUUGAAUCAUGUAAAUUAUUGAAUUUAAUUCAGUGCAUAAAUUUGCAUUUACUGUUUUGCAAAUGUUUUAUGGAUCGCGUGCUGAAUUAAAAAAGAAAACAUUCAGCAUGCAUUAAAUUGUUGCAUUAAAAAAAAAAUCAUAUCUGUGUGAAAUUAUAUUUACAAAAAUUUGUUUGAAUUUAGUUCAAUUCUUCUAUAUUCUCAUAGCUUUAAAUUCAUUUUUAAACAUUCUUAAUGAUUUUUUUUCUCUGUAAAAUCCUUGAAAGGUAAACAUUUUUGCUUGUGUUUUAUAAAUGAGGCCCUGUUAUGUUCAUUUUGGAAUGCAGUAAAAGUACAAUUUUCGUUUCUUGAUCGCUAUGCUUCUUUAUAUCAAAUGAAGAUGGAGAAAAGUCAGUAACUUUUAGUCUGGAGAAACUCUCAGCCAUAACAUGAUGUUCUAGAACGUAAAAAAAAAAAACGUAUUCUAAGCAUGUACAUUGAGAUGAAACUAGAACCUGUUAUUUAAGCACAGGCUUGGCCUUUUCUUCCUGAUCUUUAAUCACAUGACUGAAUGAGUCUGGACGCUUGUAUUUAAUCAGAUGUAGUUGAGCUUCUUAACCUGUAAAUAGUUGCAUAUCACAAUAUUAUAUCAAAAGUUUUAUCGUCAAAUCGUGCAAUGAUCGUUCUGGUUUGUUUUCAGUCAUGUAUCGCUCUGCUUUUGUUUGUCCCGUCACCUGUAAUUGGUUUCUAUUCUAUAUUUGUGAUUUUUAACAGUUGCUUUUGUACUAAGUAAAUUAGCUUUAAAUUAAGCCUGUUCAGGCUUUAAAAAAAAUCCUGAAAGAUUUCAGUAUUAAUUGUCAGAUGUUUAAAGAGCUUUAAAACAUGAUUUAAAUGGGGCGGAAUUCAGAAGACAGUAUUUGAACCAGUACAAAUGAGAAAUUUUAAAUCACUGAUGCAUUAAAAUAUAUAAAAAUGUUUUUAAAAUUGGUCACAUUGAUUUAUCAUCAGUUCAUCUGCGCUAUGAAACGCACUUUUGUCAUUUGAAUCUGAAUGUGACUGAAUCUCCUGCUCCUGCCACAUGACCUCUGUCUAACUGUGAAAACUGACUUCACCUCACUGUGUUUCUAAUUAACUGCUAAUUAAUGCACAAACUAACACCGUUACCAAUAGCAUUCUGCAUUUCGCAAAAGGAGUGAAUCUUUACUUGUUAUUCUCUGUUCCAAUUUCUGUAGGCUUCUGUCUGUGACCUGCAGUUACUUAUUGUCAUGAAAGCAGUAUUGUGUAAUAUUAUGUAAUAAAAAUCAAGUUAUGGAAAA